AUGGCUUCGCGAAUUGCUUCCAAGCGCGUGUGCCUCGCAUUGCGAGCACCGCGCGUCAACUACAUCUCUGCGCGGUAUGCGUCAGCAGCGUCAGCAGUCAAAGGCUCAAGCCUGCCUCAGGACAUGCUGGACUCGAUAGCUCGCGAUGCGUCAUUACCAACACCCGACCCACCCGCAACCUCAAAGACCGCAGGCCUCAUCAACCAGCAACUGCCCUACAUGGUCCCGACCUAUGUGCGCCCACCACCAAUGUUCGAGAAGGGAGAGGGCUGUUGGAUGUGGGAUAUCGAGAACAGGAAGUACCUAGACUUCACAGCUGGUAUUGCUGUCAAUGCGCUUGGGCACUGCGAUGCUGGUGUAGCUCAGGUCAUUGGAGAGCAGGCUAAGCAACUGAUGCACACGUCUAACCUCUACCACAACCCCCACACUGGCCUCUUAUCCAAGCAGCUCAUCCAGCUCACGCAUGCGACCGGAGGAUUUGCCAGCGCAUCCCGCACUUUUAUAUGCAACAGUGGCUCUGAGGCCAAUGAGGCCGCUAUCAAGUUCGCGCGCAAAGUGGGCAAGUCAAUUUCACCAGACAAAGACAAGCACGAGUUUGUCUCGUUCCACAACUCAUUCCACGGCCGGACCAUGGGAAGUUUGAGCGCAACACCAAACCCAAAAUACCAGACACCAUUCUCGCCAAUGGUCCCUGGAUUCAAGUACGGAACAUUCAACGAUGUAAACGUGAUCAACGACUUGGUUACCGAUGCGACGUGCGGUGUCAUUAUCGAGCCUAUCCAAGGAGAGGGAGGAGUCAACGUCUCGACACCUGAAUUUCUCCUUGCACUGCGAAAGCGCUGCACAGAAGUUGGUGCAGUUCUGAUCUUCGAUGAGAUUCAGUGUGGUCUUGGCCGAACUGGCACUUUCUGGGCACACGCAGGAUACCCCAAGGAGUGCCACCCUGAUAUCGUGACCACGGCAAAGGCUCUCGGCAACGGCUUCCCCAUUGGAGCUACUAUUGUUAACGACUUUGUAUGUGACCAUAUCAAAACCGGUGACCAUGGCACCACAUUCGGCGGCAACCCACUCGGAUCCCGUGUUGCUUCAUACAUCCUGUCCCGUCUGUCCUCUCCAGAGAUCCUAGAUUCGAUACCUGCUAAAGAACAAGCUUUCCGCAAGCAUUUUGACGCUCUGAGGGCACGCUUCUCAACUCAAAUCAAGGAGGUUCGAGGCAAGGGCUUGAUCCUAGGCCUUCAGCUUGACGUAGACCCUACGCCCAUUGUCACAGCUGCCCGCGAGAGAGGUCUCUUGAUCAUCACUUGUGGUACAAACACUUUGAGGUUUGUUCCGCCGCUUGUCAUCACCGAAGCUGAGAUUGAGGAGGGUAUGCGAAUCCUGGGACAGGCGAUGGAGAGCGUGUGGGUAGAAGGUGAGAAGGUGAAGGGCACCAAGGGUCAGCAAGAGAUGAGAUGA